AUGGCUGAUACCAUCUGGGCUGUGCCUCUGGCCGUCACCGACUUCAACGUGGCCGUGGCGUUCCUGGGAGGCUUCAUUUCGCUCUUUGGGCUGGUGUCGUAUCUCUUGAAGGAAAAUUACUACAUGUCUGAAGCCCUUAUAUCACUCUUGGUUGGUGCGGCUUUUGGGCCCCAUGCGGCCGAUUGGAUCCGGCCUUUGUCGUACGCCGCUUGCUCCCGGGACGGCCUGACCGACGCCCAGUGCGACGAUAGGCUCAUGUCCAUUACGCUCAACUUCUCCAGGCUCGUGCUUGGCGUUCAGCUGGUUCUGGCCGGCGUGCAACUGCCCAGCAAGUACCUCUGGACGCAGUUGAAGCCCCUGCUGCUCCUGGUCGGCCCCGGAAUGGCCUGCAUGUGGAUGGCCACGAGCCUCCUCGUCUGGGGCCUCGCCGGGACGCCUACCUUUUUGCAUGCUCUGGCUGUUGGAGCCUGCGUCACACCAACCGACCCUGUCCUGUCUGCCGUCAUCGUAAAGGGCAAGUUCGCGGAUCACAACAUUCCCAAAGAUCUGCAGGAUCUCAUCGUUGCCGAGUCGGGAAUUAACGAUGGUUUGGGGUAUCCGUUCUUGUUUUUCGCCCUCUACCUCAUCAAGUACAUCGGCUCCGGGUCGACUGAUGGAGGCGUAAAGGAUGCGAUGGGGCUGUGGUUCGCCCUUACGUGGGGGUACACCAUUCUGAUGAGCGUCGCCUACGGCGCCUUGGCAGGGUGGAUUGCCAAGGAGUUGCUGCGUUUCGCCAAGGAGCGCAACUUUGUCGAUCGCGAGAGCUUUCUCGUCUUUGCCAUCGCCUUGGCCUUGUUCGUCUUGGGAACGUGCGGCAUGCUCGGCACUGACGACGUUUUGGCCUGUUUCAUAGCCGGCAACACGUUUACUUGGGACGAUUGGUUCCGCAUCCAGACCAAGGACGACUCCCUGCAGCCCACGGUCGACAUGCUUCUCAACGUCAGCAUAUUCCUCUGGUACGGCGCAUAUCUUCCCUGGGAGGAAUUUGCAGACAAUGCCAUUGUUCCGCUCCGCCGGCUGAUACCCCUCGGCGUGUUGGUCCUCGUCCUGCGACGCCUGCCUUGGGUGUUUGGCAUGCACAAAAUGAUACGCCAGAUCGGCCAGGUCCGCCAGGCUAUAUUCGUGGGCUUCUUUGGCCCAAUCGGCGUGUCUGCCAUCUUCUACCUCCUUGUCAGCAUCGACUUCAUCAAAGCCCAUUUGAGCGACCAAGACGGCGUUCCCAGAGCAGACGUCAAGGACUUGGCCCAGACCAUCAAGGUCGUUGUCUGGUUCCUGACCGUUUGUAGUGUCGUGGUCCACGGACUGAGCAUUCCACUCGGCAAGCUGGGAUAUCUCGCGCCGAGAAUCCAUCGCAUUCUGAGCGAGAGUCUCAGCGACACUCUGAGCAAUCCAAACUCUAUCCACCGCCGUCGCAGGAUUCCCGGGCUCGGCCGAUUCUUAUCAGCUUCCCCCGGAGAUGCCGAGAACCUUGCGGCUCGUGUCCGCCGCGGCUCGGUGCCAAUCACCCGCACGGGGGGUGGACUGGCGCCGUCAAAAAUCAAAUACGAUGGUUCUGGCACGGCGCAGGCCCGGCGUGCAGGUUCUGAUGACGCCAGGGCCGGAGGGCCCGGGACGUGGACGCCUGGUACAAGCGCGAGAAGAGAGAUUGUGUUUAUUGACCAAGUGGGAAGCGAAGUCGGCUGA